AUCUUCCUGGUGCUGUUGGCCACGUCGCUGUGCCUCGCCGUUGCCUCUGGGUUCUGGGCCAAGACGUUCCAGGAGAAGCACAGCUACCUCUCAGCUCUCUACAAGCACACAACCCCUGCCCAGCAGGCCUUCUUCAACUUCUGGGGCUUCACAAUCCUCCUCAGCAUCAUCAUCCCCAUGUCCAUGUAUAUAACGUUUGAAUUCAUCUAUCUGGUGAACAGCUUUUUUAUCAACUGGGAUCUGGAAAUGUAUUACCCUGCCAAGGACAUCCCAGCCCAAGCCAGAAGCACCAGCCUGAACGACCAGCUCGGCCAGAUCGAGUACAUCUUCUCCGACAAGACUGGCACCUUGACACAGAACGUUAUGACCUUCAAGAAAUGCUGCAUCAAUGGGACCAUCUACGGUACAGGCACAGGCCGUGAGAAGAAGCAGCCACUGGGUUCGGGGUUGACCCGGAGCCACUAUGGGGAGAAGAAGUUGGACUUUUGUGACUUGAUGCUGCUGGAAGCUGCCUGGAGGGACAACGACCCUGUGCUGAGGGAGUUCCUGAGGCUGCUGGCUCUCUGCCACACCGUCAUGGUGGAGGAGAAGGGCGAUCAGCUGGUUUACCAGGCAGCCUCACCAGAUGAAGAAGCACUGGUGUUGGCAGCCAAGAACCUGGGGUACGUCUUCCUGUCCCGAACACAAGACACCAUCACCAUCAGUGAGCUGGGGGUGAGGAGGACCUACGAGGUGCUGGCCAUGCUGGACUUCAACAGUGAUCGCAAGAGGAUGUCUGUCCUGGUGCGAGACCCCCAGGGCACCAUCCGGCUCUACACCAAGGGUGCUGACACCGUCAUCCUGGAGAGGCUGCAGAGGCGAGGGCCCAGCGAGACCUUCACUGAGAGGGCCCUGGAUCGCUUUGCAGAGGAGACUCUGAGGACUUUAUGCCUGGCCAGCAAGGAGGUGAGCGAGGCUGAGUACAGCACGUGGAGCAGGAGGCACCACCAGGCCAGCAUCCUGCUGCAGGACCGUGCACGAGAGCUGGACAAGCUGUACGAGGAGCUGGAGCAGGACCUGCAGCUGCUUGGGGCCACGGCCAUUGAGGACAAGCUGCAAGAUGGAGUCCCUGAGACCAUUCAGCUGCUGAAACUGGGCAACAUUAAAGUGUGGGUGCUGACAGGAGACAAACAAGAGACCGCGCUGAACGUUGGCUACGCCUGCAAGCUGCUCACGGAGGACAUGGAGAUCCUGGAGGAGAAGGAGAUCAGUGAGAUCCUCAAGGAUUACUGGGUGAGCAACAACAACCUCAGUGGCAGUGGGGAAGUCCUGUGCAGUGGCCACCUCCCCCAGCAGCGCCCGGAGCCUUCACGCCACAAGAAGAGAGCUCUCAUCAUCAGCGGGGACCUCCUG